GGAAAUCAACAAUGUCAGUAAGUUGAAGUUAUAGAAGAAUAUAUUAUAAACAACAAUAGCAAGGGAAUUUUGAAACGAUUUCUGUUUUCUUUUUAACUGUGUCUAAGUAUUCUUCGCAACGUUCUAUUUGGCUGCCUUUUUGUAAGACUGCAUUCAUACGAAAAAAUUGGGAAAAUGGGACGUAGGCAAUAUUCUGGUAGAAAAAAGAAAAAAGACGAGUUUAUAGAUUGGGAUCAACUACCACGAAGAAAUGAAGGAUUUGAAAAGUAUUACAAGCUUCAGAAGCUCGUUUCAAAUGAUGAAAUUGAGAUAUUAAUGCAAAAACUCGCUGAACCGCUGCCAACGACAUUUCGCAUUACCUCUUGUAACCAGCAUGGGACUCAAGUCCGGGAUCACUUCAUAAAGCAUUACUAUCCUCUAAUUGAAAGCGUCGAGGUCGAUGGUACAAAGGUUUCACCUCCUGUUCUAUUACCUUGGUAUCCGAACCAAAUGGCUUUCAUGCUGGAUAUUCCAAAGACUAUCAUUCGAAAAAGCCCUCCCCUAAAGCUUCUUCAGCAAUUCCUAGUUUUAGAAACCGAAGCCGGUGAUAUCAGCAGACAAGAAGCUGUGAGUAUGAUUCCUCCUCUUUUUCUUCAUGUCGAAAGCCAUCAUAAAGUACUCGACAUGUGUGCUGCCCCUGGCUCCAAAACUGCUCAACUUCUAGAGGCACUUCAUACUCCUGCGGAUGGCAAAGAAACAUUCGAUACUCUACUUCCUUCUGGUAUGGUGAUAGCAAACGAUUCAGAUAACAAGCGUGCUCACAUGCUUGUUCAUCAAAUCAAGAGGUUGAAUUCUCCGAAUAUCUUAAUCGUCAAUCAUGAUGCUUCUUUCUUACCUCAUUUCCAUGUCGAACUGGAUGGUCCCAAUGGAAAAGAGAAGUCAUAUCUGAAAUUUGAUCGCAUUUUGGCUGAUGUUCCAUGCUCUGGCGAUGGUACAUUUCGCAAAAACAUUUCUCUAUGGACUAACUGGACACUAAAGACUGCUCUCGGUCUACAUUCUACGCAAAUAAAGAUUCUAAAACGUGGCAUCGAUUUACUCGCUAAUGGUGGUCGUCUUGUGUAUUCUACUUGUUCUAUGAACCCGAUUGAAAAUGAAGCUGUGGUUGCUGCUGCUUUGAAAUCAAGUAAAGGUUCGACUAGAUUAGUAGAUGUAAAAGAUGAAGUACAGGAAUUAAAAAGAAGCCCUGGUGUGAAAAGUUGGACUGUCUGUGAUAGCGAUUUGAACACAUAUCCUUCAUUUGAAUCGCUUCCUAAAGACCUCAAUGGAAAAAUGGCCAAAUCACUUUGGCCAUUACCCGAGGAAGAGCUCGAACAAAUGGGAAUUGAAAGAUGCAUGAGAGUGUACCCUCAUCAUCAGAAUACCGGCGGCUUUUUCGUAGCAGUGUUAGAAAAAUGUGACGACUCAGAAGUGUCGUUGGAGAAAGACAUUCCAGAACAAGAAGUUUCGGAUGAAGCAGGUAAAAAAGCAGAAAUUGAGCAGCCUAUUUUGAAGAAACAAAAAUCUUCAAAAUUUGAAAAACGAUUAUUAUCUGCAGAAAAUCGAGCUUUGAAGGCAGGAAACAGAUACCAUGAGCUGGAUCCUUUUGUUUAUAUUAAAGACAAUGAUGAGAUGCUCGAUAAAAUCUAUAAGUCAUUCAAGAUGAAUGAAAGCUUUUUGAAAAAGGACUUAUUUUUUGUUCGAAAUUUAGAAGGAACAAUAUCUCGCGCGGUAUACGUCUCUAACAGUUUAUUCAAAAAUAUUAUAGAAUGUAAUCGAAACCGAGUGAAGUUUGUGCAUGGAGGUCUAAAGAUCUUUGUAAGGCAAGAUUUCGGAAGUUUAUCCAAGGAAGUUGCCAAAGAUACUGAUGUCUGUGUUUUCCGUGUACAAAGCGACGGAUCAAGACUUGCAAGUCAUUGUAUCAACAAAGACUGUGUUUUAUCUACUGAUCUAUCGGACUUGUUGAUUUUCUUAGACCAUGAAGCUGUCACAGUUGAUUAUUUCCCAGAGGACAGUAUUUUCAGGAAGCAUUUUGAAACUCUUCCUUUAGGUAAUACCCUUCUUCACGUUGAUCUAAAAAGAGAAAAUAGCAUUAUUAAAAAAGACGUUUAUAUUCCAUUGUGGAGAAGCGUUCGCAUGUGCAACGUCAUGAUAUCGAAUGCUGAGAAAAGGACUUUAAAGUUGCAGAUCGAAGGACCUAAAUAUGAAGGAGACCAAAAUGUAUCUACUGAGAAAACUGCUUGAGUUUAAUUGGAGAAAAUAUUAGAUAUGGAAGAAAAGUAGUUAGUACGGAUAUUAUAGAGAAGAAAGAAUGCUUUAUUCAUAUGAGCAAAUGUAGCUAAUGCAUUUGUGCCAAAAUUAUUUAUUCGCUUUUCUAGAAUUUAUAGGUAAAUCAAAAUGAUAGUAAUAUAGGAGGUAUUCUUAGAUAUCUCUGUAUGAAUCAGUCAA